AACCGUUAAACUAGUAAUUAUCGCACUGCCGAAGAACCGGCACAGCAACUGUCAACAGUGCGUUAAGUUUCUUAGGUUUCGAUCUAGUUUCCUGUGACUAAGAAAAUGGGAGAAUUACAGCGCUCUGGCUUGCAUGACUUAGUUGAGAUUGCUGCCCGGGGAGUCAUAAAAGAGCUGAUGAGCUUACUGACAUCGCAAGGUAGCAAGCUCAUAGUUGUGGCUUUCAGCGCUCUAUUAGAUAAAACCCAUCCGGGUUCAGUUGAAAGACGUCGAAAAUUUGUGGACUAUUAUUUUUUAUUCGACACCCGCGAUGAACUAAUAAAAGCGCAUCAAUCCAUCAAAGAAGCCAGCAGGAAACUGCACAGCCGAUACUCGCUUGACCACCAAGCUACUGAAACACUGGCAUGGACCAUAUCGUGUUAUCCGACAAAGAAACAACGUCAAUUAUGAAAUUGAGAAUGUAAAUGGACAACGGAAAAAGGACGUCGUACACGUUUGUCAACUUAAACCCUGGCACGACCAAUCAGAUGAAAAGGACAACAUCCAGCUAGCCAAGACAACACCGGAAGGGAGACCGUCGAAAGGCAAGCUCAGAAAGUUAUGGCUUCGAACAAGCAUGACGUUAUCAGUAUGAAACUGUGCGAAAUUUUCGACCGUUUCGACAAUUUCAUUACUGCACGUGAUCCUCGAUCGCAGCAAAAUUUUAAAGGAGUUUUUCUUGCGAAAAAUGCUAGAGGCGCACUAGUGAAAUACCACAACCUCAUCACGACCAACGAUGCGAGCAGUCGGUUUCUCGAUGAUCUUGUUGACGCGUAUGAGUACGAAGAGUUUUCCGAGUGGUGCGAUGUGCUAUUGACAAACAGCUUACGGGCGUAUUGGUGUGCCAUCUUCCAGCGCCGUCUCGAAAGUGAAUGCGGUGAAAUUGGGGCUCCCACGCUGCAUGUUCAGGAAGAAGAAUUGGAAUCACUGCUGGGGAACAUCGUGAAAACGGUAAAGUCCGCGCAAAACCGGUACCAUAGAAAACCGUUUAUUGUUAGGCAACCCGAGAACCAAGCAAACGGCGAGAAACCUACAUCAGAUUUCAUACGACUCGUUGACGGUUUCAUGGUCAGCUGCAAUGACGCACCAAGCAGGGCCAAUCAGCAGCUGGCGGGCGAGAUUGGUAAACAGUUAACAGACAGAUAUCCUUGGCUGACCUGGGCGGUGGUGAUUGCGGAAGAUAAUCAUGAUUGGCGUAAUUUUAUAUUUUACUCGACUGAUUUUAAAGAGCAUUUAUUAUUCCAAACGUCCGAUCACGAGCAAACUUUGCCACUUUUAAAUGAAAUUCUGAGCUCGGGUCCGCUGCAUACAACCAAAUCAUCCGGGCAGCGUUAUGGUCUCUUCACGUGCAAGCGCAAAUUUCGUGUUGCCGGGAAACUUGUCCAUCAGAGGCGGAUCACCAUAUUCUGGAUACGCCACGAUGACAUUAUGGACGUAAAUUUGAUGGCUGAUGAUGACAGCGGCCUACGCAAGCUGGAUAUUAAAAAACUGGCAAAGGAUUUCAAUGUUAACAAGAUUAAGGAGCGAAGUAAGCAUCGAACGGAACAGCACCGUUUUAUCGAAGACGCGCUGUACAGGAACGGAUACCAGUACGUUGCUUACCUAGGCCUGCGAAAAUCAAGGGAUGCAUGUAUUACCGGGAUGUACCUCUCCAAUCACGAUGUCAGCCCGUCGUGGCCAUAUCACGUACAGAAUGAUAGCGGUCAUCUUGUUUUAUGGAUAACCAAUGUCACUCAAUGUGCCAUAAACCGUAUGCGAGAAGUUUCGGAAUUGCGACUGGCAGAAGAAUUCCUCAGACGCGGAGCGGGCUGUCGUUUACCCCAGAUAAAAACAAUAGCGGUAAGGAAGCAGCCUUUGCCGAAUACUGACGCGGAAGGCCUACUCAAGGCUGCCGAAGAAUCCAUCGACAGCGGCAACAAAUAUUUGUCUACGGGCUUCGUUGAUAAGGCGAUUACCAAAUAUGAGUAUGCAAAGAGCCUUCUGGAUCGACCAUCUACCAAAAGUGGAGACGGACGCAUUUCGUUGCUGAAGACUGUCGGCUGCAAUUUGGCACUGUCUUACUUGCAACGCAGAGAUGUACAGGCGGCCGAGGAGUCGGCAAAUGCAGUACUGCGUCAUGAGGCAGACAAUCCCCAUGCACUCAUCAUUCGCAGCUUGGUACAUGUUGCCCUACGGGAUUACCAUAAAUCGCAGCGGGAUAUCAUAACGUUGCUCAUGAAACAGCCGGCUCAUCCAAUGGAAAUUGUGCUGAAAGUGAUACAGCUCGGAACGAUAGACAAUAAUUAUUAUCAAUCGUCGCAACAGUCUCGCCUGACAGCUGACUGGGAAAUCUGUUCCAAGCUACCGCUAAUCAUGCGAAAGCUUAGUCUGAAAGUUUACGAAGCUACGGAAGCCGAGCCGUACCGGAAAGAUGCCAUAGAACUGCGGAACACCCUCUCAGCCGUUAACACAUUUGUCCACGAUGCUGUGGAAAAGCUGCAAUCGGAGCAAAGCGAAGCCAACCUUCGGAUUCUGUUGGGAUGGCUUGACGCAGUGUUCCAGGUGGCUAGCCACAUAUUUCAGUUAAGGAAAGAAUGGGUUUUCAUACGACGGGAAAAUGUCGAAAUGGCGCUGUUGAUGCUUAAGGUUCUUAUUGCUGGAAAAAGCACGUUUUUGAAAGACGUCUUUUCAUAAAAUUCAGUUUGACGUGUAUUUUUCACAAAUUUUCUCCGCGAAAUUUGCCUGCCAGCGUUUUUUUGCGUUUUUUUGUUAUGUUUUUGUCGCUUUUACGAUCAGCGACAUACCAGCACAUUUCUGUAAUCAGGAGGCUUAAUUAAUAGAAGUACGCUCAGAUUUGUAGCUGGGUUUUACUACUUGUGCUGUAGAUAUACUUGGUAAUAAGGAAGUAAUCAAAAGAGGAUUAAUCGACCGCAACGAAGCUAAAGUGGUCUGUAUUCAGGAAAACAGGACUUUUUUUGUCGGUCACGCACACUAAGUUGUCCGGCGCGGUCUGACGAUAACUACGUGGUAGUCUAUGCUGAGUAGGCUGGUUACUUGUGAAACUUGCAUUCCUGUUUGCUUGCAUCUCUUUGGAAAACUAUAGCAACGUAAAGGGCAAUGAAAAUAACGAAAGACCUUGAUUAAGAUAGGCGCUGGAGGCCUUUCAAUUAAAUGCUUUUCCUAAAGGAUAAACAAGAUUUUUUAUUUCCUGAACACAAUAGUUGCCCUCUUUACAUUGCUAAUUUAUUGCGAUAAAUAUUUUUAUGAGCCUUACUGCGUACAAGUGAUGCACUUUACCGUAUUACACGAAAGCCUUUGGCCCUUAUGAUAUACCAAGCCAAGAAAACGGAAUUAGAUCAGAAACGCAUACUCCGCUGAGAUAGUAUACGAAUCUAAGGAGAAUCGUCCAUCUAGCAUUAUUGAAUCGUCCAGCACGCAGCCCCUAACCGCAUUAAUGCUCGACUGGCAUACAGAAAGUAAUCUAAAUUUGCUGACUACAUAUAUGAAGCGACUUCAAGCGAUUAGACGCUUCAUGCUUACUAUUGCAUAGUGCGUG